UGUAACUGAGCCUUACAGGGUCCUCUCUACACAGCCAGCUUCCGGGGAGGGGUGUGUGUGUGUGUAUGUGUGUGUGUGUAUGUAUGUAACUGAGCCUUACAGGGUCCUCUCUACACAGCCAGCUUCCGGGGAGCCCUGUGUGUGUUUGUCUCUGUGUGUGUAAAAGUAACUGAGCCUUGCAGGGUCCUCUCCACCCAGCCAGUGUCUGGGAUGCAAAGAGGGGAGCUCUGUGCAGCCAGUGCCCAGGAGGGGCCCCUCCAACCCAGCCAGCAACUGUCCUGAGAUACAACACUUUAAAAAAAGCCUUGGUAAUCCCCAAAGGCCUUGUGCACACACACAAGGUGUCUUGCUUUAACAAUACUGGUGUAUUUAACAGGGCCGGCUCUGGCUUUUUUGCCGCCCUAGGCUUCUUCUAACCCUGGGCUCUGGCUGCGUGGCGGCGGGCUCUGUUCCUGGUGCCGGCCUCAGGCUGUGGCCGCGGAGCUACAAGAUCUGGCUGUGGGGCUUUGGGCUCUGGCCCCAGGCUCACCCCCACGAUUGUCACUGUGUCCUCCAGCCCCGGCCUCUGGCCAUGCAGCGGCAGGCUCUGUUCCCUGGGCUCCAGCUGUGGGGCCUUGGGAUCUAGCCAUGGAACUUUGGGCUCCAUCCCCAGGCUCACCACCCCCUGCCCAUCACUCCGGCCCCUACUGCCUCCUCUAUCCCCAAGCUCUGGCCGCACGACAGCGGGCUCCAUCCUCUGGCUGUGGAACCCCAGAAUCCAGCCAUGGGGCUUUGGGCUCUGGCCCUGUGAUCAUCCCCCGCCAUCACCCCUGGAUCCUGCUGCAUCCUCCGGCCCUGGUCCCUAGCCGCUUGGCAGCAGGCUCCGGUCCCCAGCCACAGGGCUUUGGGCACCGGGCUCAUCCCCACCCAUUGCCACUGGUCCCUGCUGCUUCCCCUGGCCCCUCACCCACUCCCCAUUCUCCCUGGCCGCUGUCACCUCCCUGCCCACCUCCCCAUCCAGGUCUUAAUUUGUCCCACAGCUUGCUGGGGUUGAGUAAAUCUGCUUUGAAAUGUUUGUUACUAGCGCUUUUCACUGCCUCCCAGCUAGCUAGCAAGUCUGCGUCUGUGAAAAGUGAUAUUAACAACCAUACAAAUAACACUUGUCACAGGAGCAGACUUACUAGCUAGCAAGUCUUAAAAACAGACCACUAAAAAAGCAAAAGAAACAACAACAACAAAAGACCAGAAGAACAUGCAAAGCACCUUCGUUUUGUUGCUAUUCUGUUUCGGUCCAGUAAAGAAUAGCGACAACUGUACAAUAUUUUUAUUAUUGAGUUUGCAAAUUUAAAAAAAAUCAUCAUAAAUAAAUGACAAUGAUUUGGACAUGUGUAUGUGCACAAUUCUUUGAUUUUCCUAAAGUCAAUUAAGUAUUUUAGGAAAAAUUGUCAGAGUGGCUGCCAGUAAGGGAUGAUCAUUAGAGCAGAUAUUUCCUGUUGGGGAAUCAACAGGGAAGAAUGAUAGUGGGGUAAGAAGGAUACACUGGGAGAGAUUAUCUUAAACAAUCGUUAGUCCUCCCAGCUGUAAAUAACCGUGUCUUCACACAUAAAUCAGGUAAACUGAGAAUAUAUAGAAAUGACAUCACAACAUAUGUCUCUGGCAGAAUAUUCUUGGCAAUGAGGUUUCUUUUGUUUGAAACCCUAUCUAAUCAAAUUGAUAUGGAAACUUAAUUGGGAGAAUGAAGACUGCACUUCCCUUCCAGAUGCAGGACAGACACACAUUCAGCAAUUAGACUGACAAGAAAGGGGGGUAAUGUAGCUAUUUCUUUCUGUAUAGUGCUGUACUAAUCUCUGAUUAACAAUCUGAGAUUAAAUAAUUCCAAUUGAGCCUGUUAUUUUGACAAUCUUGAGUCAUUAAUUCAGACACGCAACAGCUUUAAACUCAAAGCUUCCUAUGAAAGCCUGUGAAGAAAUAAUUUCUUUGGUGCAAUUGGUUGAAAACCAACUGUAGUUGACAAGCAGUGGGUCCAUUGUUUAACAGGUGUUUUCUGAGUUACAGAAGAUUUUUACCCUACUAGAAUCUCUGUUCUCCAGUCUCUAGAAACCACCAAGAAGAAAGUCCAUCAACUCAGAGACUCGGAAGCGGUAAGAGAACCGCGAGAGUCCAUGGCUGGACCCUGAAAGAGAGAAAGCUGUACAUGCUUAUUUCCUUUUAGUCGCCAUUCUGCCUCAUGAUAUUACAUCCAAACUUGCAUUUCACACAGCUGUGCCUAGUAGAAUGGGGUUGUGGUCCAUGAGUAAACCUCCGAGGCACUGUGGUAAUAAAUACUACAUGAUAUGUACACCUGUUGUAAUAACUGGGGCCGGACGGGCCUACCCCGACUGUGGGGAAAAAUGGCUAAAAUGUUAUAAAAUGUUCCAGGCACCUAUAACAAAUGCUAAUGGGAAACGGUUCAAAAGGGAGACAAACAGGCCUGCUGGUCUAAGUCAAAGAGUGUGUCAAGAUCAUGUCUGGUAAACAAGAGGAAUGUGGGAUCAGAAAUCAGUGGGGGAAGCUUUUCCACCCAGCCAGUUUUAAGUUUGUUUUAGCUACCAAUGAAGUGAGUUGUAAAUUCUUAGCUUUGUUAACCUUUGAAAGGUUUAACUAUGAUUUUGCUAGCAUCUAAUCAAAUGAGAUUUGUAAAUCCUAUAACUCUAGGAUUGUGUUACGAUCGUGUCUGGUAAACAACAGGAGUCUGGGAUCAGACAUCAAUGGACCAAAAUUGGUUAAGGUUAACGUACAUACUCUGGCAAACUACCAAUUGUUAUCCAAGUGUGUUUGAGCUUGCUUGGGCUGAGCAUGCAAAGCCGUCUGCUAAUGUUCUUGUUUAAAAAAUCAGAGGGUUUUAUCAUUUUGUUUGAUAGUUAUUACUGGUUUUUAAAUCUCUUUUUACAAAUGCUUUGUUUCUCUUUUGUGUAUUUUAAGGUUUGUAGUUACCCUAACUGGUAAUAAGUUUGAACCUUCAACGUAAAGGCAUUUUUAAGCAAAAUGCAAAAGUGAUAAAAUAAAGUGUUUUAAAUUGUUAAGUUGCUAAUGCAAACUUCUGCUUGGAUAACAUUUUUCAGCGGAAUGGCAGCUUAAUUCAGGGCUGUACAUUGACUGUAAAUUGAGUUUCAAACCAUCCGCAAGGGCUGUUGAAGCCCUCAAGAUUUUUUGUGAUUGGGAAAAACAAAACAAGGUGUUGGUGGUGGAUUUUGUUAUGUGAAACAGUGCAGUUCUAGUGGUUCGAAUUAGAUCUCUGGGAGCGGCUAAAUUGCCUCAGUGGCCAUGAAAUGUUGGUGGGCAAGGCCUGCCGUAGGGUGUACUUUACUACCUUUGGGUGUAGCAAAUGGCUCAUGGAUGCAAAAUUGGUUCCAAAGAACAUUCACUGGCUGCUUCUUUUUAAAAGGAGGAAAUAUACGGGGGUAAAAAUGACAUGAGGACUAAAAUUUCUGCUAGUCAGCAAGUUUAACCACUUGUGCAUGACAUUUUCACCGUUUAUGUUCAUGUGCAGCUUUAAAAAGGCAAGAGGAGUAGGGAAAUGGGGGGUGGGGGAGAUUUUUUUGAUAUUUCCCAAUCUGGACUUUGAGAAAAAAAAUGUGACAAGAGCUAGUGUGUUUCUAAAAAUCUGAAGACCGAGACCAACAUCAAUUUUAAGUUUGUCUUAGGUACAGCUCCAAUGAGUUGUAAGUUCUUAUCUUUAUUAGCAUUGGAAAGGUUCAAAUGUGAUUUUUUUAGCAUCUAAUCAAAGAAGAUUUGAAAAUCCGAAUUUUGAGAUGAGGAAUUUGCAAACCUUACAAUACAAGCAAGUACUUCUCUCCCCCCCCCCCCCCGUUUCUACAACAGCGGGUUUGCAAGUCAGCAUGCGAGACAGAACUGCAUUUUCUGUCUUUGCUGUUUUCCUCUCCCUUUUUCUGCGCAUUUGUCUUGUUUUGUCUUCACAGAAACGAGAUCAGACUUUAACAGAAGCAACAGCUCCAGCCCAUUUCAUCUAACUUCUUCUCUUCUCUCCCCCCCAGUCCCCCCCUCACCCCCAGAAAAGGAAUAUUGUUACCAUCCAUAAGAACAUCAAAAAGACUGCUUCUCAGGGUUUCCUCCUCCUCCCCUCUCUUGAAUACUCUCUACAGCUAAAGGAAAAUGGAAUAAGGCGUAUAGUUGAAUUGAAAGCCUUAUGUAGUACUGUACAUUUCAAAUUCCUUAAGGGUCUUGAAAAAGGAACAGUUAAAUCUGGAUCUGGUACAAGUUCCAACAAAAAGGUUGCCAUUAAAUAAAAUUCUGUAAAUUCAUACUCCUGAGAAAAUUUUAAAACCUUUGAGUAAUGCCCCUGAAAUGUAGAAGGAUUAUGUUACAAGGGAAGCUCUUUGGGUUAAAGACUGUCUUUUUGUUCUGUCCUUUUUCAGUGCCUGAUACAAUGGGGUCUUGCCCCACGAUUAAGAGUCCUGAGCUCUAAGGGAACACAAAUAAAUAAUAAUAAUAAUGUUCAUUAAAAAGCAUAAAAAGAGCCAACUACCUGCAGGAGUGCAAUUGUGAUCUGAUAUUCCUAGGUGCCAGGAUCAGUCAAAUAAAAGGUAGAAUUGAGGUAACAUCACCUGAGUUCAGAAAGGGUUCACUAGGAAGAAAAAAUCAGCCCAGGAAGGAAGGUUUGGUUUGGGCAGAAGGCUACAAGGAAGAAAUACAAAAUUGAGGGAUCUCUUCUAGUCAUCAAAGGGCAGAACCCAACUGAUAUUGGUGAAAACUGGAAGAUGGAAAUGUGGGGGGACACAGAGCCCCUUUCGUGUGUGUGGCAGGCCCAUCGGCUUUCAAUAACUGUAUUGAGUAGAGAAUCUGAGAGCCACUUGUCACUGCCCCUCAGAUGCUACCUUUGUCCCUCACACAGAGCUAACAAUGUCUAUGUUUCCCAGGUCCCAGUUUGUGUGAUCGGAAGAGAAGGGAUUUCUGAGAUGAUGGAGCCCCCGUCCAGCUCAAGGUCUCGGAGGUUCCACCGCCCAGGACCACAACUGAGCUGUGACCUCAGAGAUAGGCUGCAGUAUUCAUGGCAACUAGAUCUUCCUGCGCCCUAUUUGUUUGUUCCUUAUGAUAAGGGGAAUGAAGGAGACCAGGAGAUGGUGGCCUCACUCUGUAGGUUUGGCUUUAUGAUGCCAGUGACAUUUGAGGAGGUGGCCGUGUUCUUCUCUGAAGAUGAAUGGACUCUUUUGGAUGAAAAGCAGAAGGAACUCUACAGAGAUGUCCUGCAGGAGAAUUAUGAGACUCUCCUCUCGUUGGGAUUUCCGAUCACUAAACCAGAUGUGCUGUCCCAGAUAGAGCGAGGGGAAGAGCCGUGGUUCCCAGAUCUCCAGGGCUCCGAGGAAAGGGAAAUCCCAAGAGGCACUACGACAGGUACCGGGACAGCAAGUGAAAACGAGGAGAGUCCCCAGCAGGAAGGGGCUGUGGGAGUGAAGAUUCACAGGAUGUUCUUAGGGAGACCACAGUGCCCUGACGUGGCAGAUGCCAGUGAGAGUCAUGGCAGGGUGGGAUGGCAGAGGGGAGAUCCUCCAGGUAGGAGUAAAUCCACUCACAAGAGAAGAGGUUUGAGGAAAUCCAAGGAUGCCAGUGCCCACCCGGUAACCCAUAUGGGGGAGACACCAAAUACUGUCAAUGAACUGGGGGAAAGAGUCAGUAACAGUUCGCUCCUUAUUCAGCACUGUCAGCAAACGGGUACAGAAAAAAGUGUUUACAAGUGUUAUGAGUGUGGCAAAGGCUUCGCUCGACAAGAAAACCUUCAGCUUCAUCUGAGAGUUCACCCAGAGGAGCAACCUUAUACAUGUAAUGAAUGUGGGGAAAGCUUCAGGCUCAAGACAAGCCUUGUUCUUCAUUGUUACACAGUCCACGAGUCAGAGAGACCCCAUAAGCGUCCAGAUUGUGGCCAGUUCUUUAUCCGGAGAGAGAGACUUAUUCAGCAUCAGAGAAUCCAUUCAGGAGAGGUAUCUAGAGGGUUUAACGAUGGGAUGGUGAGAGAGAAGGAAGGGCUUGUGAGAGCAGAGCUGGACAGGAUGUUGUUGGAAAGACCCCAGAGUCUUGAAUGGGGAGAAGCCUGUGGAAGUGAGGGAGCUGCACAAAGGCAACACAGGAGCCCUACAGGGGAGAGCGGCAGCAUAUCUGUGCAACAUAAAAAAGUUUCCAAGAAACUGAACUGCACCAUUGGCCACCAGAGCACCAAUAGGGGAGCACAACCGAGUACAAGUAGUGACCAGAAAAGCUUCAGUAGCAACUCAGCAGUGCAUCAGAAAGUCCGUCCCAAAGAGAGACGUUACAGCUGUGCUGAGUGUGGGAAAAGCUAUUACCACAACUCGCACCUCCGAUGGCAUCAGAAAAAACACACGGGAGAGAAAUCCCAUGUAUGUGCCGACUGUGGAAAGAGCUUUAACUGCAGAUCGUCACUCAGCAGACACGAAAGGAUCCACAAAGAGGUGAAAAACUACAGCUGCCCUGACUGUGGGAAAAAAUUCAGGGAGUACUUGCACCUUGCUUCACAUCAGACAAUCCACACAGGGGAGAGAGCCUAUCAGUGUCCUGACUGUGACAAAAGCUUCAGACUGAAAGGGGUCCUUUGUACUCACCGUAAAACCCACACGGGAGCUAAACCUUUUAAAUGCACCGAAUGCGGGCAAGGCUUCGGGCGGAAAGAAACCCUACAUAAACACAUGAGGACCCACACUGGGGAGCGGCCCUAUAAAUGCACCCAGUGUGAGAAAAGUUUUCGUCAGAAGUUCUCCCUUUCCCAGCAUCAGUUAACGCACCGGGAAGGGAGGACUCAUGCGUGUACGGAAUGUGGGAAAGGCUUCAAUCACAAAUCAAAUCUUGUUCAACACUUGGCAAAACUGCACUUGAAAAAGAAACCCCAUGCAGCAAAUGUAGCUUCAGAUUAAACAGAUCUAUAAUUGCAAUGGUAGAAAACUGUGGAGUGGUAUUUUUUUUUAUUCUGGUGAGACACUUCUCCAUCCGUAUGUAUUCUAAAAUACAAGGCUUAAGGAGGAUGGGUGGGUAGUAUCGCCUUAUUUAUGAUGAUGGGAGGGGGACAAAGCUGAUGAAGAGAGAAACUGAUCUGUCAAUGGGUUUUGGGGAUGGUUAAUGGGAAUUUCAAGGCAGUGGAGUUGAAUUUUGGAAGCUGAGCAGCGGUGUGCCAUCAAUGGAUGCAAUGCAUGGAUUGCAUUCCCAUGUGAGCCUUGAAUAUGACUUCCUGACUGGCUGUGCCAGUGGGACGAUUCCACCCGGCCCCUGAAUACACAGGGAGGAUGCCAUUUUGUAGAACAAAAUGGCAUCCUCCAUACAUUGCGAAGACACGGGUAUUUAACAUGGCGCUCCACAGACGGAUUAAAACCUGGCGAACUGAGAUGUCUCCAUCUGUAACUGUAAACAGGGAAUCCUCAUUGAACAGGUGUGUUUCUAGUGGGGUCCUGCAGAGAUCCAUUCUUGAUCUGCUGCUAUGUAACAUUUUUAUCAGUGACCUGGAAAAAAACUUACAUGAUCACUGAUCAAGUCUGCAGGUGACACUCUAAUCUGGGGGGUGGUAAAUCAAUGAAGAGGACUGGUCACUGAUUCACCGUGAACUGGAUCACUUUGCAAACUGGGCAAAAGAAAACAGUCUGCAUUUUAAUGUGGCUAAACGUCUACAUCUAGGACAAAACAUGUAGGCCAUACUUAUAGGAUGGGGGAUUCUAUCCUGGGAAGGUGGGACUCUGGAAAAGAUUUCGGGUUUGUGGUGGAUAAUCAGCUGAAGAUGAGCUCCCAGUGCAUGCUGUCUUCAAAAGAGCUCAUGCAGUGCUGAGAUGGAUAAAUGGGAAUCUCGAGUAGGAUCAGAGAGGUUAUUUUACCUCUGUAUUUGAUACUGAGGCAACUGUAUUUUUUUUUAACUUAUCUACGCCGGAAGUUGUACUGGUAUAAUUUUGCCAGUACGGUUAUAGUGGCAUAACUUCCUGUGAAUAAGUGUGUCAACAUGGGGAGUUACAGAGGUAUAAUUAUACUGGUAUAUUUUAUGCCAGUUUAAUUCCACGUGUAGACAAACCCUUAGCAAGAGAAAUUUUAAAGGUGACAGAUGAACAGGAGUAAGUCAGCCUUGCCCCACCCUCACAACAGCUUUCUGCCAUGUACUAACUGGCUAUAGUGCUGUUGGCUAAAGAUACAGCUCACUUUCAAAGGCAUAUGGUUAAUAAUGGGUUGCCAACGAACAAGGAGCUACUAGGUUGUAAACAAUUGGGGUAGAUGUGUCGGGAUAAGCAAAUUGGAGUAGACCGGUGUUGACACUUUAAGAUAGGUCAGGAAAGAUUUUACGGCUUGCCUUGGGACAAGAGUCCCAUGAUACUUUGCAAUUAAGAAAAAGCUAUCUAGCAAGGAAUGGAAUUUUACAGUGCAGCAACCGAUGACAUAUUUUGUUAUGCAAUAUAUUUUUGCAAUGUACUAAGUGCAACAUAUUUGCAAGAUAUGUAAUGCAUAAAAAAGGCCAUAAAAAUGAAUAACGAGUAGGUUUUGAAACAGUUGAAAAAGUACAAGGAAAAGGGAACUGAAGUAAGAGUCUGAGGGAACUGAAGUAAGGGCAUGUAUACACUUACCGGGGAUCGAUGCUGCUGCAGUCGAUGCACUGGGCAUCGAUUUAGUGGGUCUAGUUAAGACCAACUAAAUCAACUGCAGAUCGCUCUCUCAUCAAUUCCGGUACUCCACUGGAAUGAGAAGUGUAAGGUAAGUUGAUGGGAGGGCAUCUCCCGUCGAUGCAGCAAAUCGACCUAAGCUAUAUCGACUCCAGCUACGUUAUUGGAGUUGUGUAAUUUAGGUCGACUUACCACUGUAGUGUAAACAAGGCCUAAGAUAUGGAGAGGUAUACACCAAAAGGAGGAAAUUGAUAAGGGUUGAAAUGUUGAACUAAGGAGAGCUACCAGAGUAUAAUUACUACAAGAAAUCAUAAGUAAGACCAUUGGCAGACAGGAUCCAGACUGUAAGAAACUACAGAGAAGGCCUUCUACAGUUGUGAGUAAUUGUAUGUGCUGUCUUGACUGUUUAAUAAAUUCAUUCAAAGCUGACUUGUUAACCAAAUCUAAAUUUAAGAGAAGGCUAUUCAUUAAAUAUAUAAUCACAAUUAAAAUUCCUAUCCAUUAUUAGCUAGUCAUUUAUUAAUUAUUGGUUGAUUAUCAACACAAGAAAUAUGUAAACUACAGUCACUGAAAGACUGUUCUCUACACUGGUAAUGUCUGACCUUUCUUUAUUAUGCCGUUUUAUUGCUAAUCAAUAAAGUGAUUGAGCCGAGGUA